AACAAUAUGGUUAACAGUAUGAAAUCGAAGAAACUAUUUGUGGUUAAGCGAGAUGGCCGCAAAGAGGAAGUACAUUUCGAUAAGAUCACAUCACGCAUCCAAAAGCUUUGCUAUGGCUUGAAUAUGGAUUUUGUUGAUCCCGUGGCCAUAACCUUACGGGUGAUCAACGGCUUGUAUUGUGGUGUGACGACACAACAAUUGGAUAAUUUGGCUGCGGAAACGGCCGCCACUCUAACAACUAAUCAUGCCGAUUAUGCUCUGUUGGCGGCCCGUAUUGCUGUAUCCAAUCUACACAAGGAGACAAAGAAAGUGUUCUCGGAGGUGAUUAGCGAUCUGCACCAUUAUGUGAGUGAUGAGACGGGAAAGCCGGCACCCAUGAUAUCGGAGUUCCACUACAAUGUUGUAAUGAAGAAUUCGGAACGCCUCAAUUCGGCCAUUGUUUAUGAUCGUGAUUUUGGUUAUAACUACUUUGGUUUUAAGACAUUGGAGCGAUCCUAUUUGCUGAAGAUGAAUGGAAAAAUUGCCGAGAGGCCUCAACAUAUGCUGAUGCGUGUUGCUGUGGGUAUACACGGUGAAGAUAUCGAUGCUGCCAUUGAAACAUAUAACUUGCUGUCGGAACGUUUCUUUACCCAUGCCUCGCCAACAUUAUUCGCCGCUGCCACCAAUCGCCCCCAGUUGUCAUCGUGUUUCCUUCUGACCAUGGUUGCGGAUUCGAUUGAGGGUAUUUUCAAGUCUGUGGAACAGUGCGCCAUGAUUUCGAAAUCAGCUGGUGGCAUUGGUAUCAAUGUCCAUUGCAUACGUGCCAAGGGCACUUCAAUUGCUGGCACAAAUGGCACUUCCAAUGGUUUGGUGCCCAUGUUGCGAGUAUUCAACAAUGUGGCCCGUUAUGUAGAUCAGGGUGGCGGCAAACGUCCUGGCGCAUUUGCUAUUUACUUGGAGCCAUGGCAUUCCGAUAUUUUUGAAUUUUUAGACCUUAAGAAGAACACCGGCAAGGAAGAGCACCGUGCCCGAGAUCUUUUCUAUGCCCUGUGGAUUCCAGAUUUGUUCAUGAAACGCGUAGAGGAGAAUGGAGACUGGUCGCUGAUGUGUCCCCACAAAUGUCCCGGUCUGCAAGAUGUUUGGGGAGAAGAGUUCGAAAAACUUUACGAGAAAUACGAAAAGGAAGGUAAAGCCAACAGAACAAUUAAAGCGCAGGCGCUAUGGUUUGCCAUUAUUGAAGCCCAAGUGGAGACCGGCACACCCUACAUGCUGUACAAGGAUGCCUGUAAUCGCAAGAGCAACCAGCAGAAUAUUGGCACCAUCAAAUGCAGUAAUCUGUGCACAGAAAUUGUUGAAUAUUCGGCACCCGAUGAGAUAGCCGUUUGCAAUUUGGCCUCCAUUUGCCUCAACAUGUUUGUGACUCCCGAGAAGACAUAUGAUUUCAAGAAACUGAAGAAUGUGGCCAAGGUUGUUACGCGCAAUCUCAACAAAAUCAUUGACAUCAACUACUACCCACUGCCAGAAGCAAGAAAGUCAAAUUUGAGACAUCGCCCCAUUGGUAUUGGGGUACAAGGUUUUGCCGAUACUCUCAUCCUGAUGCGUUAUCCCUAUGAAAGUGAGCAGGCCUACAAACUUAAUCAACAGAUUUUUGAAACCAUCUACUAUGGAGCUUUGGAGGCCAGUUGUGAACUGGCUGAGAAGGAUGGCCCCUAUGAAACCUAUCCUGGCAGUCCAGUGAGCAAAGGUAUUCUCCAAUACGACAUGUGGAACAAAGUACCCACCGACCUAUGGAAUUGGGCUGAAUUGAAGGAAAAAAUUGCCAAACAUGGUGUCCGCAACUCCUUGCUGUUAGCGCCCAUGCCGACUGCUUCUACAGCACAGAUUAUGGGCAACAAUGAAGCCUUCGAACCCUACACAUCCAACAUUUAUACCCGUCGUGUACUGUCGGGUGAAUUCAACAUUGUUAAUCAUCAUUUGCUUAAGGAUUUGACCGAACUUGAUUUAUGGGAUGAAGAAAUGAAAAAUAAAAUUAUCUCAAGUCGUGGUUCCAUACAAAAUAUCGAGGAGAUUCCCAAGGAAAUUAGAGAGCUCUACAAGACGGUUUGGGAAAUUUCUGUAAAGACAACGAUAAAAAUGGCCGCGGAUCGUGGAGCAUUUAUCGAUCAAAGUCAAUCAUUUAACAUUCAUGUGGCGGAGCCUAAUUAUGGCAAAUUGACAUCGAUACAUUUCUAUUCCUGGAAGGCGGGUCUCAAAACCGGCAUGUAUUAUCUAAGAACAAAACCGGCGGCUAAUGCUAUUCAGUUUACAGUGGAUCGUAGCCGUGUGGCUUCUACAGUUGCUGCCGCCGCCACCACGAAUGGUGAAAAACAGAAUGGAGUAGCAUCGCCGGCUAAAGAAGAUGCUGAAGCAGCUGAACGUGAAAAGAGAAUGGCCGAAAUGGUGUGCUCAUUGGAAAAUAAGGAUGCCUGUAUGUCCUGCGGUUCAUAA